AUGCGUACCGAAGAUUGGAAAAUACUUGCUGCUGAGGCACAGGAAACUUUUAAUGACUCCCUAACCAAAGCCAUCAAGUUGGCAGAGUUUGACGAUUCACUAAAGUCAAAAUAUGAUGCACUCCCUUCUGCAAAAGGUGAGACCACUGAUGAUUAUGGCUCACCCACAAAGCACCCUGUAGACGUUUACUUGAAAACUGUGCCACAGCUGGUCUUGGACAUUACUGAGAAAGAUCCAAUUGACUUGCUUAAAGAUUUGAAAGACAAGAAGAUUACUUGUGUCGAUGUGUUGAAGGCAUAUACCACUGCCGCCAUUAUUGCAAACAAAUUAACCAAUUGUGUUCAAGAGUUUCUUCCAAUCGAGGCAUUAAAGUUUGCACAAGAAUUGGAUGAAAAGUAUGAGGAAAAGAAAAACCUUCCAUUGUAUGGUUUGCCCUUUUCGAUCAAGGAAAUGAUUCCAUUUGUGGGAAGAUCAGUUACUCAUGGCUCAUUGUGCUACCUUGACCGCGUUGUUGACUACAAUGCAGAUAUCGUCAAUAUCUUGAUGGACAAUGGCGCGUACCCUUUUGUGAGAACUACUAAUCCACAAUCACUAAUGAUGCUUGAAUGUGUCUCCUAUAUGCAUGGGCGUACUGUAAACACUUUUAAUAGUGACUUGACAAGUGGCGGUUCCUCAGGUGGAGAAGGUGUUUUGAAUGGGCUUUAUGCAAGCCCCUUUGGCUUGGGAAGCGAUAUUGGCGGUAGUAUCAGAAGUCCUGCUGCUUUUAAUGGGAUCUAUGGAUUGCGUACAACAUUGGGAAGAAUUCCAACCGCUGAUUACUUUUCGUGCAACAUUGGCUCCGAGUCAAUUUUAUCAGUGACUGGACCAUUAUCUAGAUCCUUGGGAACUGUUGAGUUGGUGAUGAAAUCGAUUAUCGAUUCAAAGCCAUGGCUUGUUGAUCCUACAUUGGCUGCAAUAGAAUGGAAAACUUUUGACUCCCAACAAGAGAAACCAAAGUUUCGCAUUGGAGUAUUGAUGAGUGAUGGAAUAGUUACACCUUCUCCACCAAUUCUUCGUGCAUUAAAUAUUGUUAAGGAGAAGCUUGCAAGUUUAGGUAACAUUGAGUUGGUUCCAUUUGAGCCAUUUGAGCAUGAACGCACAGCAGAAAUCUUGGGAAAGUUGUAUUUUGAAGAUGGUGCCAGAGACUUUAAAGCCACAGUAGCAGACACCAAAGAGCCAAUCCUCGAACAAACUACAUGGGCCAUUGAUGGGGCCAAGGAUUUAGAGAUGCACGACCAAUGGUUCUGGAAUUUGGAAAAGCAAAAGUAUAGAAAGCAAUACUUGAAGCACUGGAUGAGCUAUACUGACAAACAGGGACAUGUCUUGGAUGCAGUGAUUGCACCAGUCUUUCCCAAUGUGGCACCAAAACAUAACACGUCAAAGUACUGGGGCUAUACUUGUCAAUGGAAUCUUUUGGAUUACCCUGUCUUGGUGUUCCCUGUCACAAUAGUCGAUGAGAAUUUGGAUGUACCAUUCAAGGACUACAAGCCAAAAAAUGAAUCUGAUGAAUUUUUUUACAAACAAUACGACAGCCCCAAAUCUUUUGCAAAAGCUCCGGUCAAUUUGGGGUUAGUUGGAUUAAGAAACACCGAUGAGAAGUUGAUUGAAAUAGCAAAGAUUUUGCGUCAGGAAAUUGGCGAUAUCUUUGCUGGACAACAAUAA